GAGAACAUUAUGUAAAUUUCUUACUGGAGAAUACAAAUUUAAAAAUAUAAAUGAAAUAUACAAAUUUGAUUUUCAUACUGCUGUAAAAAUUAUUUAUGUAUAAUACUAUACCUAUCAGAUCUAGAACAGUUUUUUUUACAUUAAUGUAGUAAUACUGUAAGUACUUAUGUGACAGUGGAGAAGUGUUGAUGUAUGAAAAUGAAGUUUAAUUGAAAUAUAUCAAACAGUUAACAAAAUGACAGCUAACUAUUAUUUUGCAAUCGUCGGACAUGCUGAUAAUCCUUUAUUUGAAAUUGAAUUCAACAAUUCUGGGAAAGAUUCGAAGAAAGAAGAUUAUACCCAUUUAAACCAAUUCAUUGCACAUGCUGCUCUAGAUCUUGUAGAUGAACAUACUUGGAAAACAACAAAUAUGCAUUUAAAAGUCGUAGAUAAGUUUAAUCAAUGGUUUGUGAGUGCAUUUGUUACUGCAACUCAUAUUCGAUUUGUUAUGGUACAUGAUAGUAAGAAUGAAGAUGGUAUAAAAAAUUUCUUUAAUGAAAUGUAUGAAAUGUACAUAAAGUACUCUAUGAAUCCAUUUUAUAAAUUAAAUACACCUAUUAAAUCUAUUGGCUUUGAGAAAAAGGCACAAUUAUAUGGCAGAAAAUAUUUAUCUUCAUAAAUUGUUUAAUAUUUCAAAGCUGUUCAUUAUAUAGAAAAGAAGUGGAAAACACGAUGCAGUUAAUAAAAUAUUAUGCAAACAAUUUUGAAUAUGAAUAAAUAACUUCUUAUCUAAAUAUGAAUUUUAGGUGUUCUAUAGAAAAAUAUAUGUUGUAUAAUAUUUUUUUUUAAACUUUUGUAUAUUUAUAUAAAGUAUUAUUUAGUAAUAGUAUAUAAAGUAAUAUUUAUAUAAAUUAUAAAAAAAAU